AAACAGGUGUAUGUUUACGUAUUUUGGGAGAAUGUCUCAGUUAGAUCUGUCAGAUACAGACUCUGGUGUCAGAGACACCUGACUGUAGGGUCACUGCAGGAGACAGAAAGAGAGAGGCAUUUUGUAUUUGUGUGUGUGUGUGUGUGAGUGAGUGAUAGAGAGAGAGAGAGAGAGAGAGAGAGAGAGAGGCAGGUAGAGGAGUGAAAUUAAAACCCUUAGGGAAGUUACGCAAUGAAGCAAAUCCAGGAGAAAGUGAGCAAGUGGCAGAAAAAAGAGGCUGCACGAGACUAGUGGAAGAAAAAGAGGACAAUUGUGGAUAAGAGUGUGUAUGAAAUAAAACGUAGAUAGAGAAAGUUCCAGAAGUAAGGUGGGGCAAGGCUGCUGGUAAGCAUGUGGCAUUUAGGUGAUAUUAAACAGAGCACAUUCUGGGCCUUACUUGCCAUUUAAAGCCUAUAGUCUUCCUCAGACUUCCUCGGGGAAGUCUUCUUCAAUCAAGAGUUGAACCACUAGGAGAAGGAUUACACAGCCAUCAAGAUGAUGCAGCAAAUUCUUCAAGAUAUGUACAUCGAGCCAGAUCUGCUACAGGAGCUAAAUGAGGAACAAAAGCAAAUUCUCUUCUAUAAGAUCCGUGAGGAGCAGGUGCGCCGCUGGAACGAGAGAGAGAACAGAGACCCCAGCCGAACUGUUCACAAGAAGAGUGACCGUAGAGGCAUUCGGUGGCUGCUGGGCUCUGAUGGUGAGGUGUGGGUCUGGGUCAUGGGGGAGGCCCGGGGAGACAAACCCUACAACGACAUAGUAGAAGAGCUGAUGGAGAAGAGAGCCAGGAAACAGGCCCAGCGUGAGGCACUGGAGCUCUGGCGUAUGAAGGAAGCAGAGAUUGAAAAGAAGUUUCGGGAUGCCAUGGCAAAGGAGAAGGCACGGUUUGUAGCAGAGAAAUGGAAGGAGGAGACAGAUGACAGAAAGGCAGCCAAGCAAGAGGAGGAAGAAGAGGACCGUAUUAGACAGGAGUUGAAGAAAUGUGAGGAGGAGGAGCGACAGAGAGGUGAGGAGGAAAUCCGGCAAACAGAGGAAAGGCGAGCAAAGGAGCUGUUCAUGUCUCUGAAGCAGGAGGAAAAGAGAAGCGAAAGGGAUGACAAGGAAUGGCAGGAACAAUGUGAGAAAGCAAGUGGAGUGGAAGAAAGAAAUUGCACAAGUGGGCCAGUCCCAUUAAAGCUGGUGAUUUCUAUUCAGAUCUCUGUAUGCUUCACAGUGCGCCGCUCCAAAGCAGCUGAUGAGGAGAUGAAGUGUAAGGCUCGCCGCGCCAGAGAUGAGUACAAACGCCAGUCCCUGCGCGCCAUUGAGAAAGGCCUCGUGGCUGGCCUCAGUGGACUGUUCCAGAAGACACAUCUGAAUGGCUCAGGUCAGAACCGACGCCACAGUGACGUCAUCGAGCGGCCAUCAACUACUCCAGCUGAUGCUAGCCAAUCACAAUCUGCUGUUGGAAAUGCAGUCGCCCCUGUCCAGUGUCGCCGCAGACAGAACCGCAGAUACAGCAGCCCACAGACACAAUCAAUAACAGAGGGGUUGUCCUACAUCAUUCUCCCCCCUAGCCCAGUGUGGAUUCGGCCACCUAGGCCAACUUCUCGUGAUUCUAUCAUGCGGUGGUUUAAGGAGGAACAAAAGCCCAGAAGAGCCGGCUAUGAGAGGAGCAGUAACACCAUUGCCCCUUGGUUCCAUGGGAUCAUCUCUCGGCAGGAUUCAGAGUCCUUGCUAAUGAAUGCUUCUGAAGGCUGUUUCCUAGUAAGAGUGAGUGAAAGGAUCUGGGGUUACACUCUGUCCUACCGGACGGCCUCUGGCUUCAAACACUUUCUCAUCGAUGCCUCGGGUGACUACUACAGCUUCCUGGGGGUGGACCAAAACCGCCAUGCUACUUUAGCUGACCUCAUCGACUUCCAUAAGGAGGAGGUGAUAACCACAUCUGGAGGAGAGCUGCUGCUGGACUCUUGCAAGCUCAGAGGCUCUACGCCAGAUUAUGGAGGACUCUUUCAGUGACUCGUUCUUCCAUUCUCAUCUUGUUAAACUUAGACUUUAACCUUCACAAAAUAGUUAA